AUGAGGUCAUGUCAGUUUUCAAAACUGAAAGACAGAUUUGAAUUAUUCCUGGAUUUUUCAGCCGCCGCCAACGAAUCGUCGGAUCAGUUUCCUGCGGAUCUUUUCACUCUUGAGCAACGGCGACAUGGAGCCAUAAUACUUCACUUGGGUGGCCUUGUCUAUAUGUUCGUCGCAUUGGCCGUCGUGUGCGAUGAAUUCUUCGUGCCCAGUCUUUCGGUUCUCAUCGAAGUGUUUGACAUUUCGGAGGAUGUCGCUGGUGCAACGUUCAUGGCAGCCGGUGGCUCAGCACCUGAAUUUUUCACCUCCGUAUUCGGCGUAUUCGUGGCCCAAAAUAAUGUCGGCAUAGGAACUAUCGUUGGUGCGUUCUUUACAUCUCUUUCACCCACUUAUUAA